UCUGGCGGGUCCUGGUAGUCUGUGUGUUUAGUUGACUUUCAGCAGCUGAAGGGAGGCUGGAAGUGUGUUCACGCACUUUGAUGGCUUUAUAGACACGCUGGAUCUCAGCCACUUCUUCAGAAAACAUGAAUUUCAUCAGGUCUCGCCUUUCCAUCGGCAGCCUCCUCGGUCAAAGGUGCAGACAGGUCACUGUGAGUCACAGAGGGAUGUGCAAUAAACUGCCAGAUGCAAAAUCAGAGCCUUCACCUCCAGCACCACAAGCACAGGCUCCACGUCCUCUGUUCAGAAUCCCGGGACGCAGACCCUCGGACAUGGACAAGAAGAUUUUGGUCUGGGCAGGACGCUUUAAGUCAAUAGACCAGAUACCAGAGACUGUGUCGUUUGAGAUGAUUGAUGCGGCCAGAAACAAAAUCAGAGUAAAGGCUGCCUAUUUGAUGAUGGCAGCCACAAUAGGGGCCUGUUUGGUGAUGGUGAUUUUGGGCAAAAGGGCUGCACGAAGGAAUGAGUCUCUGACCGCUCAAAACAUGGAGAAGAAAGCCAGAUGGAGGGAGGAAGUGCAAAGAGAGAAAGCUGCUGCCCUGUCUGAGAAGACCCAGUGAUCGAAGACGUCCAGACUUGAUCAUAUUUUCCCCAAAUACUGGGCUCAUAGUGUCCCUCUUCCUGCUGUUUGUACCACGACUUCAGGGCUCUUCACUCCCAUCCCUUGGAGAAGUAGCACGACGGAAAAAUAUCAGAGCAGCUAGUAGUUACAGACUGGCCUUAACACAUCCCAUUACGACUUAUUUAAAAAAAAAUCUGACACCUUAAGAAUAGUUUACUGACUGAAUGUAUAACAUUUUCAAUUAUGAAACUGGCACCAAUCAUCUUUGCGGUGGCAGUAUUUGGUUGUCUCAGAGGAGCAUGGAAAGCAGGACUGAACCCGGUACUGUGACAAAUGAUUUAAUAGACUAUUUUAAUUUCCCGUUGGGAUCAGUCAAGUUUUCUCAUCGGUGCGUCUACUAAACUUCAAACACUUACCUCUCAUUUAUUAUUGCCAAAGGCAGCCUGUUUUUUAAAUUUGCAUCAGAUGGAAAGCCACUGCAUUAAACUGCCUUUUGAAGACGUGUCAAGUCUUCAGUUUUUUUUGGAACUUCAAAUUGCGGAUCAGAAACAAACUGUCCUGACCUGAUACUCAUGUAAUUAUGCUUGUUUGUUCACAGCCGGUGUGGCAUCUCUUUGUAUAUAGUGACCACAAAAAAGAGAAAAAUAAAGAAAUUCUUCUUGGGA